AUGGUCGAGAAGCUCUACGUCACGUACAACGAUGUCCACAAGCUCUGCCAGGAGUCAGCCGUCAAGAUCCUCGAGACCUUCCAGCCCCAGCUCAUUAUCGCCAUCGGCGGUGGCGGCUAUGUCCCCGCCCGCAUCCUGCGCUCGUUCCUGAAAAAGCCCGGCAACCCCAACAUCCCCAUCCAGGCCAUCGGCCUCUCUCUCUACGAGAGCCUCCCCGAGACCUUUGGCGGCAACGCCACCCCCGGCGUCCCCGAGGUCCCCGGCACAAAGGUCACCCGUACCCAAUGGCUUGACUUCAACGCCAUUGGCGACAUGGAGAACCUCGUCGGCAAGCGCAUUCUCAUUGUCGACGAGGUCGACGACACCCGUACCACCCUCGAGUACGCCGUCAAGGAGCUCGAGAAGGACGUCGAGGCCGCCAGCCAGCGCCUCGGCAAGGGCCAGAAGACCGAGUUUGGCAUCUUUGUCCUGCACAACAAGGACAAGCAGAAGAAGGGCACUCUGCCCUCCGAGAUGAUUAGCUCCGGCCACUACCUCGCCGCCCGCACCGUUGGUGACGUCUGGAUCAACUACCCUUGGGAGGCCAUCGACAUUGACGAGCACGACCGCAACGCUGCCGAGCAGAGAAAGUAA